UCUUCUUCUUCACUCAAGAGACGUGACGGCGACUCUUUUAUUACUGAGUCUCACAGCUUUUUGACUCGCCUCCCUGGGGAACUUUUUUGCUCCCAGAGGCGAAGAAGUAAAACCGAAACAACAAUGGGGUUUCUCUGUUGUCUCCAGGUGCUGCUUCUGUUUCUCUCUCUCUCCUCGAUUCGUCUACAAGCUCAAUCUCCUCCUCCACCACCCAAUGCUCUUGAUGCUCUUCUCCAAGAUUACUCUUUUAGAGCCUUUGUUCGUCCUCGUACCGGCAUUCUCUACGAAGGUACUGUUCCUUCCAAUUUGACUGGGAUCAAACUCGCUGCCAUGAGACUCAGAAGCGGAAGCUUUAGAAAACGCGGAGUCACUCCUUUUAAAGAGUUCUCGAUUCCCACCGGCGUUAUCGUCAAGCCGUAUGUGACAAGGCUUGUCCUUGUUUAUCAAAACCUAGCUAAUUUCUCUCACUUGUAUUACCCUUUGUCUGGUUAUGAUUAUGUCGCGCCUGUGUUGGGUCUUCUCGCUUACGAUGCCAAGAAUCUCUCGGGUCUUAAUUUGCCAGAGCUUGAUUUGAAGGUCUCUAGUGAUCCCAUCAGGAUCGAUUUCUCUGAUCUGGAACGAAUCCCACAAGGUUCUAGUGCUAAGUGUGUUAGAUUUGAUUCACAAGGUGUUGCGAGUUUCAGCGACUCGAUUCAGCCUGGGAACACAUGCGAGACUGAGCAUCAGGGACAUUUCUCAGUUGUGGUUAAAUCUGUUGCUUCUGCUCCGAGUCCAGCUCCUCCAGGGGAUGAGGAUAGGAAGAAAGAGAAGAAGAAGAGUUCUGAUUCCAACAAUUCCAAGACUUGGAUCAUCGUUGGUUCGGUGGUUGGUGGAUUGUUACUGUUGGGGCUUUUGCUGUUUUUGGUGUUGAGAUGUCGGAAUUACAAGAAGCAAGAGAAAAUGAGGGAGAUGGAGAGAGCUGGAGAGACAGGGGAAGCUCUGAGGAUGACUCAGGUCGGUGAAACUAGAGCACCUACAGCUACUACUACUCGUACACAACCCAUGCUUGAAACGGAAUACGCAGCUUAGAUAAUCUUUGUGUACAUCAUCAUCCACAUCUUCUUGAAUCUUGAUCAUCUGUCUUUUUUUUCUUCUUCAAUUAUUCUUCUUUUGGUAAAGUGUUUUCUUAUUUCUGAUUAUUUUUUUCUUUGUGGUUAGCAAGUUGAUACUUCCACAUUCAUCUUGUUUCUCUACUGGUGAUAAGGAAAUAAGUAAUCUUGUUUUCUU